AUGAGGUCAUCUAGUUCCUUUGCAGUGCAGGGGAAAGAUCUCAUCACUGUGACCGUCUCUCAAGAGACCCAACACAUCCGUCCUUUCUUCGCAUGUGCAGUGCUUCACAACAUCAAAUUCACGUCCAUGAGCUAUGCAUCCUUUAUUGACCUCCAAGACAAACUACACCAAAACAUUGGGCACAGGCGAAGCCUUGUUGCUAUCGGAACACAUGACCUCGACACCCUCACCCCUCCAUUCCAAUAUGAAGCUCAUACACCCACUAACAUCGCUUUUGCGCCUCUCAGUCAGGAAACAGCGCACACCGCUGCAGAGCUCAUGCAGAAGUCUUUCACAUGUGCACCGAGUAGCCUCGUUGAACAUGUAUACUCCAAUACCCUUCGUGCUCCUAGUAACGUCAUCCCUGUUCUGCCAGCUGGUUGGUUCCCGUCACUUUCGUCUCUAUCCCUUGGGCUUCGCUCCACACGGCUCUUAGUAUUAGCAGGUGCAGAGCGCCUUGAUACGACACUUAUGGUCGGUCAGAUGCAGGGCAAAUUCUGGCUCGAAGUCAUGGGUGGUUCGGGUGUGGGAUAUCUCGUGCAUGCUCGAGCCGCGGCUUUGUUUGGCCUGAGCCAACAAACGGUUGUAGCAAGCCUCCUGAGAGGCUACAAACCCUCUUCAGCCUCUGGUUGCUAA